AGGUAUACAACAUUUCCAUUUACUAAUUUGGAUUAAAGAUGCACCGAUUUUCGGUGAAUCUUCUAUUCAAGAAGUGUCUGAAUUUAUUUCAAAAUACAUAAGCUGCAAACUGCCAGAUAAAAAUAUUUUGCCAUUAUUGUACAGAUGCGUUGAUACGCAUCAACGACACAAACAUAAUGAUUAUUGUCUACGUUCUAAAAAAGUAGGACGUAAAGUUGUUCGUAGGUGUCGGUUUGGAUUUCCUCGUCCCGUUACUGAAACAGUAAAUAUGAGAGAUGUGCCAACUGCAAUAGCAGGUAGAAAACAAUUAAAACAUAAAAGCAAAUUGUACGAUCUUCCUCGAAAAAAUAAUGAAGUCGAUAUUAAUGAUUAUAAUCCUGCUACUCUUACUGCAUGGGAAGGAAAUAUGGAUAUACAAUUUAUUGGUAAAAAAUCGACAUUGCUCACUUGGUACGUUACCAAAUAUUUGAAUAAAACAGCGAAAAGUGAGUUAUCUGAUUUUGAUCUUGCCAAUUGUAAGAAUAAUAAAAAUAAAUCAUUGGCAAGUGUUCUAUGGAAUUUUGGUUUACGAUCCAUAAGCAAUAGAGAAUGUGGAGCUCUUGAAGCUGCUGAUACGUUGCUAGGUAUUCCUUUAUAUGGGACUGAUCGAAAUACGACGAUUAAAUGGUUAGAUGUUAAUGUAAUACGGCAGAGGAAAUUAAAAAAUCGUAAAGAAAUUGAAGCUCUUGAUGGUGAAUCUACAGAUAUAUUUCAUCCAUCUUUAGUAGAUAAUUAUUAUCUGAAUAGACCGGAAGAAUUAGAAUCUGUGUCUCUUUAUGAAUUCGCACAAUGGUAUGAUAUCACGACAAUCGAACCGCGAAAUAAUAUUAUUGAAUACUAUAAAAUAGAUAAUAGUCAUUACCUUAAACGGCGUCAACGUGGAUGUCUUAUUAAUCAUUAUAAAUAUAAUGUUAAUAAUCGACCGGAAGAAUAUUUCUUUUCAUUACUGCUUAUGUUUAAACCAUGGCGGAAAUUAGAGGAUCUUAGAGAUAGUUGUGAUACUUAUGCGGAAUCAUUUCAUAAAGUAAAACUGCAUCUUACGGAGGCAUUGCAAUACCAUGAAAAGCUAGAAGAAUUAAAAAAAGCAUUUGAAACUGCGCAAGAGUUAGUUCGGCAAUUACUAGAUGAAGAAUUACAAAAAAACGUGUCUCAGGAUGACCCUGACAAUCCGAUAGGCGUUCAAAAUAUAGAAGCUGGUGAAGCAAUGCAAGAUUUUAGAGAUCUUGGUAAUAAAAUAGACGAGAAAAUUAAUGUGUCUCAAAUGAUAGCACAAUUAAAUACGGAUCAAAAAAGGACAUUCGAUAGAGUCAUUGAUACUAUAAGGUCAGAUAAUUCGAUAUUACGAUUGUAUAUUAGCGGAGAAGGUGGAACUGGAAAGAGUUUCUUAAUUAAAACAAUUAAGUGUUGGAUAAAACAAUAUCUCAAUAAAGAUACCGCUAUAGCGGCACCUACUGGCAUAGCAGCAUUUAAUGUAGACGGUUUGACAGUUCAUAGAUUGCUUCAAUUACCUGUUGAACAUGGUCUUACUCCAAACUAUAAACAAUUGUCUGAUCAUGUGUUAAAAGUUUUACGAGCAGAUCUCAAGGAUGUUGUUCUUUUUGUGAUUGAUGAAGUGUCAAUGAUAUCUAAUUUGACUUUAAUGUAUAUACAUCUUCGAUUGUCUGAAAUAUUUACUAAUGAUUGUGAAGACGGUUGGUUCGGUCGAAAGCACAUUCUUUUAUUUGGCGAUCUGCUUCAAUUACCUCCUGUACGUGAAGAUCCUAUUUUUGUACGAUUACCAAAUGACAAAAUUAAUAAAUGUGUGGGUUCUUUAACUGCUGUUAAUUUAUGGACUACAUUAUUUGAUUAUGAUAAGUUGACGAUCAAUAUGCGUUAGCAAGGGGAUGAUUCUUAUCGACAGUUGUUGUCAAGAAUUCGUAUUGGUUUAGUGACAAAGUCUGAUUGCGAGAUUCUUGAAAAUCGAAAAAUAUCGUUUAAAGGUGAUUCUUUUGAAUCUAGAUUAAACGAAUUAUGUAAUUUUAUUAAUGAUUUUCCGUUGGACAUUGUUUGUUUAUUGCCUACUCGUCAUAUGUGUGAUGUUCUUAACGCUGCAAUGUUAAACCGCAUUGCUUCGAAAGAGAUAUUAUUAAUUGCCCAAGACACGAUUGACUGUAUACCAUAUGUGAGAAAGAAAGUAUCAAAAGUAUUAUCGAAUAAUGAUGAUGAUAAUUCUAAAACUGCUGGACUUUCAAAAGAAAUUGUAAUUAAGAUUGGAGCAAAAGUUAUGAUAAGGCGUAAUAUUGAUGCUACCUUAGGUCUUGUGAAUGGUACAAUAGCUAAGGUGAUUUCAGUUGUACAAGAUACGUCUACCGAUGAUGUAGAAAAAGUAAAGCUUCUUUUACCAUCAGGAUUAGAAUAUUUAAUUGAAAGAGUGAGCGUUAAAUUUCAAGUGGUGGAUAGAGCGUUUGUUACUAGAAAACAAUUUCCAUUGUGUCUGAGUUAUGGAAUCACUAUUCAUAAAAGUCAAGGAUUGAGCUUACAAAGUGUUAUCAUGGACAUAGGCAACUCUAUAUUUAAUUGUGGUCAAGUUUAUGUUGCAUUAUCACGAGUAACGUCUCUAGAAGGGUUGCAUUUAAUUAACUAUGAUCCUUCGUCAGUAACAGUUGAUGAAAACGCUAUUAGGGAAUAUAAUCGACUAAGAAAUAAGUAUAAACCAGAAGAAGAAAUAAUUACUGUUGCAAAAGAACGCUAUCGCAAAGUGAAAGAUGUUCAAUGGGUAUUGUCAAAACAUUACAAUGUCUAA